UUCAUUUCCCAAUUUUGCAGAGAAGGCUCAGAAAUGGCUUCAGUGGCGUCUCCGCUACUUCGAAGAAACCCUAAAAUUUGGUUGCCUUCGAAUUAUCUCUUCUCAUUUAACCAGAAGCUAUUUUUAUCUGCAACACCAGAGAUUCAGAGGAGAAGCAUAGACAAGAUACUGAUAGCAAAUAGAGGAGAGAUUGCUUGCCGUGUUAUGAGAACGGCUAAAAGGCUUGGCAUGAGAACUGUGGCCAUUUUUAGCGACGCUGAUAAAGGAAGUCUCCACGCAAAAAGUGCAGACGAAGCUCUGCAUAUUGGCCCUCCUGCUGCUCGAUUGAGUUACCUGAAUGCUUCAGCUAUUAUUCAGGCCGCCAUUAAAACUGGCGCUCAGGCUAUUCACCCUGGCUAUGGAUUUUUAUCUGAAAGUGCCGAGUUUGCUGAACUUUGUGAAAAUGCUGGUCUAAUAUUCAUUGGCCCACCAGCUUCUGCAAUUCGAGACAUGGGUGAUAAAAGUGCAUCAAAGAGGAUAAUGGGUGCAGCUGGGGUACCACUUGUGCCUGGUUAUCAUGGUGAUCAACAAGAAGUUGAUCUUCUAAAAGCAGAAGCUGAUAAGAUUGGAUAUCCUGUCAUGAUAAAGCCCACCCAUGGUGGGGGAGGAAAGGGUAUGCGAAUAGUUCAAAGUGAAGAUGAAUUUAUCGAGUCUCUAUUGGGAGCUCAACGUGAGGCAGCUGCUUCAUUUGGUGUAAACACUGUUCUAGUGGAGAAAUACAUUUCUCGACCACGGCAUAUAGAAGUCCAGGUCUUUGGAGACAAACUUGGUAGUGUCAUACAUUUGAAUGAAAGGGACUGCAGUGUUCAGCGAAGGCACCAGAAGAUAAUCGAGGAGGCUCCUGCACCAAAUAUUACUGAUAAAUUUCGUUCCGAAUUGGGUGAAGCUGCUGUAUCUGCAGCCAAGGCAGUAAAUUAUUAUAAUGCCGGGACUGUGGAAUUCAUAGUGGAUACACUAACCGAUCAGUUUUAUUUCAUGGAGAUGAACACCCGUCUACAGGUUGAACAUCCUGUCACUGAAAUGAUUGUUGGUCAAGAUCUCGUGGAGUGGCAGAUUCGUGUUGCGAAUGGAGAACCCCUGCCUUUGAUUCAAUCAGAGGUGCCCUUAAAUGGUCAUGCCUUUGAAGCACGCAUAUAUGCUGAGAAUGUUCCUAAAGGAUUCCUUCCAGCUGCUGGAUUCCUCCAUCAUUACAAUCCCUUCCCUUGUUCGCCAACGGUUCGAGUUGAGACUGGUGUCGAAGUAGGAGACAGUGUCAGUGUGCACUAUGAUCCAAUGAUAGCCAAACUUGUAGUUUGGGGGCAGACUCGAAAUGCAGCACUAGUCAAAUUGAGGGACUGCCUCUCAGACUUCCAGGUAGCUGGUGUACCAACAAAUAUAAACUUCCUACAGAGACUAUCUAGUCAUGAGGCUUUUGAAAAGGGCCAAGUAGAAACACAUUUUAUUGAGCAUUUCAAGGGCGAUCUACUUCUUGAUGCAAGUGCUUUAGUAGAGGAGGAGGCUUACCAAGCUGCUAAACUUGGGGCAACCUUGGUCGCUGCCUGUAUUUGCAAAAUGGAACAGAUCAAAUCAAAGGAAGCUUAUGAUGUUUUUCUAACAGGUAAGGACAAAUUACUUCAUUUAUGGUAUGCUUAUCCACCUUUUAGAGUGAAUCACUCUCCAAGACGUGCAAUGGAACUUGAGUGGCAGAGUGAAAUCACUGAUUUAGGUCCAAAGCAUUUGAAACUUGUUGUUACUUAUGAGACUGAUGGCAACUAUUGUGUUAAGACUGAAGAUAGUGAUAAUAAAUCACCUGGAGUGAAAGUAAGCGUCUUGCAUUUAGGACAUCUCGACUUCAGAGUUAGUCUUGACGGGUUGAGCACCAGUGUUAGUUUGGCAUUGUAUUCCAAGGAUGGUUCCAAGCACAUGCAUAUCUGGCAUAACCAGCAACACCACCAUUUUAUGCAGUCCGUGCGAUCUGUUCAGUCUAUUGAAGAAGGAUCUCAACAUAAACAAAGUUUUGACAAGUCACACACAGUUCCUCAAGGGACUGUUGUAGCACCGAUGGCUGGUUUAGUUGUUAAAGUUCUUGUGAGUGAUGGUUCAAGGGUUGAGCACGGCCAACCUGUUCUAGUCAUGGAGGCCAUGAAGAUGGAGCAUGUAGUCAGGGCGCCUUGUGCUGGCUAUGUACGUGGGCUUCAAGUGGGUGCAGGUCAGCAGGUUUUCGACACUACUAUUCUGUUUAGAAUCGAGGACAAAUAAUUCCUUCUGUCCUUUGGAUCUUCGUGAAAUGUUGAAUCGAAGCCAUUCAAUGCAUCAGCUGCGUCUAAGUUCCAAUUUGAUUCAGAUUUUUCUUUCAGGUCGAUAAACUCUAGAACUGAAUUAUGAAAAAGAAAGAAUUGUAUUGCUGUCUUCAAAUCCAUUGUGCUAUUUGGUGCUCUUCUUCAUUUAAUAUUUCCUCAUAUAUUCAUUUACUGUGAGUUCUUACUUUUUAUUCUCUUCAAAUUCGAGGAAAUUCUUUUUGACUUUAUAA